AUGGAGAGACUUGGUUAUUUAAUUCAAGAUGCUGUGGAUAAAAGCUUGUGGAAACCAAUCAAACCUGGAUGGAAUGGUCCUUAUAUUUCUCAUCUCUUCUUCGCGGAUGAUUUGUUCUUAUUCGGGAGAGCUAGUGUUCAUCAUACUAAUGUGUUUAAGGAUAUUCUUGAUAAAUUUUACGAUGCUUCUGGUGCAAAAGUGAGUUUUGAAAAAUCUAAAUUCUUUAUUUCCCCAUCCUCUAGAUCGGGAAGUGAUCGAAGAUUCGGUCAAAUUGUGAAUAUGAGCGCUACCUCGGAGUUGGGUAAGUAUCUUGGCGUGUCUUUGAUCCAUAGUCGUGUUUCAAAAUCAGUCUACUGUGAAAUUGUUGACAAAGACAAGUUAAGGUUAUAUAGUUGGAAAGCUAGCUCUCUUUCAGCUAUGGGAAGAACUAUUCUUAUAAGUUCGGUUACCUCUGCUGUACCAACCUACAUCAUGAUGACUUCUAAGUUGCCGAGUAGUAUUGUGAAUGAAAUUGAUAAACAUGGAGAUUCUAACCCAACCGGACAGCUUGUGGGUGCGUGCUCUCAGAGGCCUCUAAGGCGUCCGGGGUGA